UCUUCACAGUACAGACAAAGACGUCCAACAUGGCUGCAUCAUCUCCUGCCGUCCGACUGUUGUGUCCGCUUUGUUCUCAAGGGUACGAUACUCCGAGACUGCUUCCGUGUGAACAUAGCUUCUGUAGCGGGUGCCUCCAGACCUAUAUCGGAUCUCUCGGACUUGUAGCAGGCGACAAGGGAUUCCCCUGUCCUGUCUGUACACUGACGACUCCAGUCCCAGACAAUACAGCACCCGUGGAGGAAUGGGCUAGUUUAUUUCCACUGAACAGGCUGUUCGAGGCUUUGUUGCAGUUGCCUUCACCGUCGAAGUCUUCACCCACUGAUGCCUUGUGUGACCCGUGUAAAAUGCUUCAGGAUACAAACCAUGCUUUAUAUAGAUGUUCAAACUGUUCUCAAUUUCUGUGUAGUUCUUGUGAAAGUUAUCACCAACGAAACAGAUUCACCGCCAGUCACACUGUCAUUCCCAUAGAGAGAGGUAACGGGCCGUCCGCUGGUGUGUGCGUUGAUAUUUUCUGUAAAUCUCAUCCGAGGAAGAUUAUAAAUGCGUUCUGUAGGGAACAUAAAGCGCUCUGUUGCUCUUCUUGUGCCUCAAGUAUCCAUGAAGGUUGUAGCGGUAUGAUGUCAGUCGAUGACGUCACAACAGAUAGUGUUAGUACCGUCGCUGAAACAACGCAACGAAAGGUGAAUGAAAUAGGGACUCAUGUGGAGACACUACGCGAAAUCAAAGAAGAAAACAUUAAAACUCUUGAUUGCGAAAACGCGAAACUACUAAUGGUCAUGAAGAGAAUUGUGGAUGGGGCAAAGUCCCAGCUCGAUGACCUUUUAACAGAUUUUCAGGAAAAUCUUCAUCUGGAGUGGGAGGAAAACCGCCAAAGACUUGUGUCGGAUUUAACGCAUACGGAAAUGUUCUCGGUAGACCUCGACAACAGAUGCGCUCUCGUUUCUGGACUCCGUGAGAAUUCCCUGACUAGUCAGCUAUUUAUAGCACAAGAAAUGGUGAAAGCACAAGUGAAAAGUCAUGUUCGGAAUAUGAGAAACAUUCUUGAAAGAGACAUUGAUAUAACGGAAGUUGAUAUAGAUAUGAAUAUAGCUGUACUUGACGAAAAGUCUGUAAGCGCCAUUCGUAACUAUGGCGGUGUUUCCGUGACGGAAAUAAAGUCCCCGCGUACACGCACGAUAACGAAGAAUCUAGAGACAAAUGUGAAAGAAAUGGACGCCAUUAUUGACCUCUCUAUUCAAGAGGAAACUGCGAAGCUGACGGAACGAUCUGUAUCUAGGUUUGUGGAGAUGCUUGGUGGGAAACAGGCGGCCAAACUAACAGGGGGUGCUUACUUUCCAAACGGGAAAUGUCUGAUGGCUGACCAGAAACAUCGUCGUCUGCUCCUGUUUGACCAGAACUAUAAGAUUGAGAAAGCCAUGUCCAUUGACAAACCUCCUAGCGACAUCGUCUAUAGCGCGCGUCACCAGAGCGUCUUCAUAGCGGUUGGCUACUACUUCGACAAGGACAUCUACCGAUAUAGCUUUGACAACGAUUCCAUUGAAUAUCAAGAUAAACUCAAGGUCCCGAAAGGUACAUGGGGUAUCUCCGUUAUUGAUGACGUCAUUCUUGCGGGGGGUCCGAACUCAGUCGAAAUGAUUUCUGUUGAUGGUACGUCGCUUAAUUCAUUUCCGACAAAUGGAGUAUGUACCUACGUGGCAGCCUGCCGACGAUCUAACAGCUUCUGGUUCAAAGAUGGCGACAACGUCGUAUGCAUGAAAAUGGAUGGUACUUCCGGUUUUCGUUACCAAGACAAAGAUCUCAAAGGUGUGUCUGGAAUCGCUUGUGAUCAGUUCGGGAACGCGUACGUGUGCUCACGUGAGACUGGGCACGUGCAUCAAAUUUUCAACGAUGGAACUAGUGGCCGUAUUUUACUGAAAAUGCAACAUAACAUAAGUCGACCAAAUGGCAUCGUGUUCCACCCGACGAGGCACGAGUUUGUCAUCACCUCAGACGGAGAACCUACUGCGUUCGAAGUGUACAAAUUUGACUGAAGUGGUCAGUUUCCGGAAACAGAUUUUAUUUACAUCAAGACCAGAAGUGUACACGCGUGUUGCUGCCAUCAAUGCCUUCUUCGUUGUCUUGGUAUACACGUAAAUGUGUCACUCACCUGGAGAGUGCAUGCAAGAAUGUGUAGGAGAUUAAGAAUUCAUAUCAAACUGUUGUUGUUUGAAAAUUGACUGAAAUAAAUUUUAAUUCCCCGGACUAUGGAAUAGCCAGGAUGUGUUGACGACUCCAGACAUGAAAGUAAGAUUUUGUUUUUAAAGUCAUUUGACACAUUUUGCUGACAAUUAAAGAUU